UUCAACAGUGAAGGUAGCAGUGUUUCGUUAGUACGCGUGAGAGCGUCUCGGUGGUUUAUUCCCAAACGGCCCCUCGUGUUCCAGUGACCGCAUGCUUCAUGUAAACGGAGAGAAGCGCAGCGCGGAGGAGACUUGACUCGACGCGCGGAGACGCGCGGAGACGCGCUCACGGACUGACGGACACAUGGUUAAAAAAUAGCCUUCGCGACAUUAAAGCCGCCAUGAAACAACCGGACGGAUUGAGUCGUGGACAUCGACGCGCUGGACUUUCUCAAUGGGAAACGGGGUUUCUCUUCAGACAUGUGUUCAUCUGUCUGUGGAGCUGAAGAAGUUUCAAAGAGCCUUUUUGUAUCUCUGGAUCUGGUUGUUCAGCUGGACCAAGAAGGAUAUCUGAACCAUGUAAAGCGUCCCUCAACUGUGGACCUCUUGACCUUCACAGUUCAGUGAUGUUAGCUUUGAGCCGCUGCAACUCCUCCGCUUCCCAGCCGCUCCCUCGUCCCUCCAAUGACAGCGGAGGGAAGGUGGAGUUUAGGGUGGCUGUUGAAGGUCUGUCGCUGCAGGAAAACCACACCCAUGGGCAGCCCACCACCGGCGGCGUUGUCGUCGUCAUUCUGUCCAUGACAUUGGGCAUCAUCUCCAACAUCGUGGCUCUCUUCAUCCUAGCCAAUGCCUACUCGCUCCAGCGUCGGCGCACCAAAGCCACAUUUCUUCUGUUUGCCAGUUCACUGGUGGUCACAGACUUCGUCGGCCACGUGAUCCCGGGUGCCCUUGUUCUCCGACUCUACCUCUCUGGAGGUGCGCACCCCGAGGACUUCAACGACUCUGAUAGGAUGUGUCAGUUCCUGGGUGGCAGCAUGGUCUUCUUUGGCCUGUGCCCACUCUUUAUGGGCUGCGCCAUGGCGGCUGAGCGUUGCCUGGGUGUCACUAAGCCGCUGCUGCACUCAUCCCUGGUAACCAAAACCCGAACAAAGAUCUGCCUGUCUGUCAUCUGGCUGGUACCUCUGUGCGUGGCCAUGUUGCCGUGCUUACGGCUCGGCUCUUACACCUAUCAGGAACCAGGUACCUGGUGUUUCAUCAAAGUGCUCAGUGACACUCAGGAGGUGGAUUUGGUGUUUGUGGUGCUGUUCUCCGGACUCGGUCUGACCUCGCUGGCCGUGGCGCUGGUGUGCAACACCAUCAGUGGACUGACCCUGGUGCUCGCUCGGCUCAGGAGGAAGCCCGGCUCCCAUCAUUCAGCCAAGUCCCAUGACAUAGAGAUGGUUGUGCAACUGGUCGGCAUCAUGGUCACCUCGUGCAUCUGUUGGAGCCCUCUGCUGAUCUUGGCCCUGAUGUCUGUGAUCCACUCCUACACAGGCUCUAUUGGAGAAGACUUUUCCAGCUACAAAACUCUGAUGGUGAUGAGCGUGAGGCUGGCCACGUGGAACCAGAUCCUCGACCCCUGGGUCUACAUCCUGCUGCGCCGCACGGUCCUCCGCAAAAUCUACCUCAUUGCAAAGUGCCAGGCAGGACUCAGGGCUAAUGUGUUGGGCCGAUGGGAGCCCUCCUCUUUUCGUAGCUCAGAGAAGAACGUCAACCAGGUUUGAAAUUGAGAAAAAGAGUUGAGGAUUUACUUUGUAAACAGGUCAUUGAACAUUUAAAGGACUCACCUGACCAAGACGUUUAGAAGGAGGCACCUGUAGAUACAGGAAAUGAACUGUUGAUACAAUGGUGGAGUCAAGUGGAUUAGCAGGUUGACUUUCCUCUGCUGGUCCACUUUGGAAAGGUUUCAUGAAUUUAAAUAAAAAAUAUCUCGUUCAUGCUUCUGUUUUAUAAACAUUUACCAGUGACUUUGUAGUCAAACCUUUCAAAUGAAAGCAAGCUAAUGCUGUGAUUUUGCACAUAAACUGUAGUUGUUUACUUGCAGUAGGUCACUUACUGCAAGUAAUAUUACAGAAUAUUCUUUAACGUUACCCCCAUUUGAAACUCUUGGUAGGUGCACAGGUGUAUAUGGUACAAUUUGACUCCACACGGCCCUGAGGGACUCCAACGUUUGCAGGAGUGGUACUUACAGAAGGACUGAGGAUUAUUUGGUUUUAUUUCCUAACUUGAUUUUCACCAGCUUUGGAAGUAAAAGAUCAACAGCAUUUGCUCUGUAGCAGAUACACGAGGAAGAACGAUGCUCAAUCAUUGUAACCACCAGAGGCAGUAUUUAGAUUGUAAUCAUAAUGUUCAUUAUUCUGCUCAAUGUGUUUUAUGGAGGAAUGUCAAUGUUGAAAUAUUGUGGUGUUUGUGUAGUUUGAAUAUGCUUUUCAUAUGUUUAUACCGUAAUUUGUAUGUUAAAUGAUGUAAGAUUGUAUAAGUUAAUACUUGAAUGUAAUACCCUCAACUUACAAAGGAUAUGUAAAUAUAAUUAAAACAUUUCAAUGUGAACUUA